CUCUCUCUCCCCACACACUGCCAGCCCCUGAUCUGAUGGCGAAGAAACCCCGUUGACAAGGCACUGCUUUUUCAUGACGGUGAUGACAUUUAAAUUAAACAAUUGUUCUCUUUGGUUUACAAAUUAACCCAUACUAUAAUGAAUUGGCUGUUUGCAAAUGAAGAUGCAGUGGCUUUCGAAUGGAAAGAAGAACAGAUUUUUUAAAGCUUUGGAAUACACGCUGACAUGGAUGAUGAUGACUCUGGUCUUCUUGACUUCAUAGGUGAUCCACAGGCAUUGAAUUACUUCCUGCAUGGAACCAGCAAUACAUCUGCUGGUGAGGAAUUAGCAAAUGCAGAUUAUUCUUCUAAUUCAAAUUCCAUAUUUGCCAAUUCAAAUAAAACGGAUCCUAAACCGUCUAUCAAAGAUGUGCACAAUGAAAUGGGAGAAGGCACCAAUGAUGAUACAACUAUCAAUAGUCUUCAGUUUCUUGAUGAAGAGCAUGAAUCUUCUCCCAUUCAUGACCUUAAGAGAGACAUUCUUCAAAAAUCACUAAAUUUGGCUAAUAUUACAGCUCAUACUUUGGCUAAUGAAGCAUAUUUGGAUGCCAACAUUGGUCCUAACCAACACUUUUCAAAUGUUCCUCUUCAUUCUCAUACUUCAGCAUCAUUUCCUCAGGAUUCUAAUGUUCCUAAUCACUCAGGUCAAACAUUACACUCAGUACAAGCAACAGUAAGCACAUCGUUAGCAAGCAAUACUUUGGGUGUGCAACAUAGUUUUAUGCAACAUGUAGGGAUCAAUAUUCCUAGCCAGCAUAUGUCUGACAUUAAUCACAGUGGCUCCGGGCAAAUACAUCUAAUUAGUUCCCUGAAUAGUCCAUCUUCAUUGAUGGCAAUUAGUAAUCCAGACGGAUCCCAAAUUAUUCUUAAAAAUGGUCAGCAAACAUCGGGAAAUACAACUGGUGGAAUGCUAGUUCACAGACAGACGCCAAAUGGUAAUGCAGUUGGAAAUUCAAGUCCAUCAGGGCAGUCAGUUUCUGUUCCGUUUAACAAUGGUAAUUUCCAAAUCUUACCUGUUCAUAACAUUAUUAUACAUAGACCACAAAAUCCAAAUAAAUUCCCAAUCACAUUCCAACCAAAACCUGUUCAAGUAGGACAACAGACGUCUUACAAUAUGAAUAAUUUCGGUAUACAGCAACACCAUAUACAGCAAAAAUGUUCAAUUUGUUCAUGGAAACCCUCAGAAUUCACAGUUGGUCAGCAAAUGCAUGUUAAUAUGCUUCUCAGCAAGGUCCUCGAAAAACCCGGUGCUCAGCAAACAGGAGGUAGCAUUGUUAUCCAUUCAGCUAUGGGGCAACCACACGGACAUGCAAGCCAGCUUCUCAUUCCUACUGGCCUUUCUGUAAAUUCAAAUUCAAUGCAGCAUGUUCAUACUAUAAAUGCUCAGCUUGUUCAUACCCAACCAUCCCAUCUUGGUCUAAAUCAAGUAUCUGCAGACCAUUUAAUGUUGAACCGAAACACAAAUAUGGUUAGGACUAAUCAGUCGUACUCUACACAGAUGCUAAAUAGUCCAAAUACAGCUGUGCAGCUUGUACAUGGUCAACAUUUAACAGGUCAUGGAGGACAAGUUAUUGUAAAUCAAGCUGCAUCCCAUCUUGUUGGAGGACAGAUACAACAAGUGUCACCCACUGUUGUACAUUUAUCACCUGGUCAAGGGAAUGCUGGUACUACAAAAUGUAUUCCAGUGCUUUUUGCCCCACAUCAGGAUCUCAAACAGAUGUUUUCCAAUAUGCAGAAAAAUGUUAUGAACCACCUUUCUCCAGUUUCAUCAAUUAAAACACAGGAUAAUUCAAGACAACCUCAGUUUACAACUGCCCUGAGUAAUUCUACAUUAACAGGACACCACUCUGGAGGAAACCUUUUGCACCACACCAUUGCAUUGUCUCAACCACAAGAAAAAAUAAUCGAAUCUCUACUACCGAAUUUGGAGGCUGAAGGGCAGUCACAAGGAUUGAAGAGACAAGCAUCUAAACAACUUACAAAAGGAUCUUUAAUUUUACAACAAUUACAUAAGGACCAGGAACAUUCUGUGUUGCAUGACAAAGUCCAAUUUAGAUCAUUUAAUAAUGCGGUUCAGAGGCUCCUGCCAUACCAUGUCUUUCAGGGAUCACUACCAAAUGAAGAAGAUUUACAGAAAGUUGAUGAUGAAUUUGAAGUUGUGGCUACACACAUUCUCAAGAAGACACAGUCAAUGCUUAAUAAAUACAGACAGCUUUUAUUGGAAGAUGCAAUGAGGAUAACUCCAUCUGCAGAAAUGGUUAUGUUAGAUAGAAUAUUCAAUCAGGAAGAAAGAGCUAUUCUGACCCGGGAAAAGCGAUUAGCUCUUGUUGAUCCAGAUGGCUACUUGGCUGACUUUUGUUGUGCCUCCAUAUGUCAUGAAAAGUCGGUGGAUGGACAACAGUUUAGUAAUGAUAUGGAUACUCACAAGUACAUGAUUAAUCCGUGUCGGACAGUUUGUACCCAGAAGGACCAAACAGAAUUAAAUGUAUCUAAAAAGCCUGGCGAUAUUUGUGUAGUGCCUAACAAUAAUGUAACAUCAGAAAAAGUCAAUGUUUCAUCUUUAAAAAAUGAAGGCCUUAAUGCAGAUGACAAACUGAGGAAGACAAGCUGUUCUCCAAUUAACCAACUAUUAAAGAUUUGUGAAACAAAGGGCAAAUCUGAUGAGAAUUAUACUCCGUGUGCUUCAGAAUCUGGAACGAUUUGUAAAACAUCAAAGCCAACAGACAACAGGACAAGUCCUAAUUUAGGUGAGGCUCUUUUUAAAUCAAAUUUGUUGCUAGUGGAAGAUAAACAUCUCCAGGAAGAAAGUCCAAAACCUUCUCCUGAAAAUAGUGGAUCAGCGGAAUCAUCAGGAAGUCCUUGUAGACAUGUUGUGAUAGGUAGUAAAGUUUCCCAACCAACACUCAAAAACGUUUCAGAUUUGGAAUUAAGUGGAAAGCAUUUAGAAAACACUGUCAGUACCAGCACUUUAGCAGAAUUUGAAUGCCACAAAGACUCUUCUGCGUCAUCACCAGAAAACUCUACUGACAAAACAAUUUCGGAUGCCAGUGAAGGUUCACUGGAAACAGACUCAGUUUUAGAAGCAGCUGUAAAUAGCAUUUUAGAAUGUUAAAAGGUUCAGAGGUAUCUGGACAUUUUGUAUAUUGUUCUAUAGAAGGCAUAAUUCUGUUGUGGUUGGAGAGCUAUUGUGAGCAUAUAACAGACACCUAGAAAGAACAAACAUAGCAAUUAGUUAGGGCAUACAAGCUUCAGUAGUCUGGAGCAAGUCUGCCAUCGACAAUCAAGAUGGAUCAGAACAAGCAGAUUUUAUUUAGUUACUGAUACGUUGAAAAAAGUGUAUUUUUUAUCAUGAUUUAAGCUUUAAAGAUGCAAAAAUGUGUUUUAUUUUCAUUUAAAAAUUGUAGCACUUUUUAAUCACUCUACAUUACAGUUUACUUAAAUGAUUUAUAGCAAAAAACAACUCUGAAAACACUUCAAUGCUGCCUAGGAUAUGGGGAACUCAUAUGAUUAAGGUAAAAAAUAUUUUUUGAUUAAACAUUGCGUAAUCACCAUAUCUGAUUAAUGGGGAACUUAAGAAAGGACAAAUUAUUAUUCUAAAGACUAACUUAAAUUGUCUGUGAAGUCCCAUUUCCUAAAAUAGUUUCAGUCCUAAACAUUUCUUUAACGGUAGAUAGUUGAAUUUUCUAUAAUAAAGUUUAAUUUCCUUAGAACUAAGUAGAAAUAUCUGUGAAAUCUCUUCUUCAGCUAUAUAUACAAAUACAUUUUCAUUAAAGGGACAGUCUACUCCAGAAUUUUAGAUAAUCCCUUUUUCUUUCCUAAGACAUGGAGAGUCCACAACGUAAUUCCAAUUACUAGUGGGAUAUUCAACUCCU